AUGGCCUCUAACCCCCCUGGAAAGUGCUGCACUACGGGCUUUAAGCACGAAGGCACGCCCACCGGCAAGGUCGUCAAGGUUGCCGGCAAGUGGGAUGCCUACGUCGCCAGCCCUCCCGCCGACAAGGCGCACAAGGAUGUCGCCAUCCUCUACAUCCCCGACAUCUUCGGCAUCUGGCAGAACAGCCAGCUGCUCGCCGACCAGUUCGCCUCCGACGGCUACUACACCAUGGUCAUCGACAUCCUCAACGGCGACCCCCUGACCCUCGACCAGUUCGGCACCGUCGAUCUGCCCAAGUACAUUGAGCAGGGAAGCACCGGCGACAACCCGCACAACCCUCCCGCCAUCGACCCCAUCGUCAAGGCUGCCAUCAAGGCCCUCAAGGAGGAGCACGGCGUCAAGAAGAUUGGCUCCGUCGGCUACUGCUUCGGCGCAAAGUACCUCGCCCGUCAGUUCCACAAGGGCGCCGGCAUCGACGUCGGCUUCUUCGCCCACCCCUCCUUCGUCUCCGAGGACGAGCUGGCCGCCAUCUGCGGCCCCCUCUCCAUCGCCGCCGCCGAGACCGACAGCAUCUUCCCCGUCGACAUGCGCUACAAGUCCGAGGAGAUCCUCAAGAAGACGGCCCUCCCUUACCAGAUCAACCUGUUCUCGGGCGUCACGCACGGCUUUGCCGUGCGCUGCGACCUCAGCGACCGGGUCCAGAAGUUUGCCAAGGAGCAGGCCUACUGCCAGGCCGUCGCCUGGUUCAACCAGUACCUGCUGUAA